AUGCUAUCUAGGCCAGCACUCUGUCCUCAGAACCAAAGCAGAGAACAGGUUCAGAGCACGCUCUCUGUCCAACCAGAGCCAGAGCGGAGCCCGCCACGCUGCCGGUGCUCCCCGCUGGGGAGACGGACGGGCGUUUGGGGAUGGCGGAGAGCACAAGGACCGCCGAGAGGCAGCGGAGACAAAGGGCAGCGAGAGGAAGGACGGGCGGCUCUGGCAGGCGCGCCGCGCCUCGGGAGGGUGCGGGGAAGGCACAGCCGAGAUGAAAAUGAAGCAGAGAGACCAGAGGAAGAAAAAGCUAGUGCUCCGCCCCCACCUGGAAACGAAGAGGACGCGGCAGAAAAUGGCGUUGUGAAAACGAAGGUGGCAGAGGCUGAGGAUGACAGUGAUAGUGAUAGUGAUGAUGAUGAAGAUGAUGUUCAAGUCACCAUAGGGGAUAUUAAAACAGGAGCUCCACAGUAUGGUUAUGGAGCAGCACCUGUGAAUCUCAAUAUUAAGACAGGAGGACGAGCUUAUGGAUCUUCUGGUGCAAAAGUUAAAGGGGUGGAUCUAGAUGCACCAGGGAGUAUUAAUGGUGUGCCACUUCUGGAAGUAGAUUUAGAUUCUUUUGAAGAUAAACCUUGGAGAAAGCCAGGGGCUGAUCUCUCUGAUUAUUUCAACUAUGGGUUCAAUGAAGAUACCUGGAAAGCUUACUGUGAAAAACAAAAGAGAAUACGAAUGGGUCUUGAAAUUUUACCAGUUACCUCAGCCACGAAUAAAAUUACGGCUGAAGACAAUGCUAUGGAAGUAAGACCAAGUGCAGAGAUUCUCGAUGGCAGAUACCAUCUUUUUAAGGUACAGCAGGGCAGAACUGGAAAUUUGGAGAAAGAGUUGGCAGUGCAGUCGACCAAAGCUGAUUUCACAUCUCCUCCUGCCUUAUUCAAAUCAGGAAUUCCAACAAACAGGCGAUUAUCUGGCACAAUAGAUGUGAUUGGACAGACCAUCACUAUCAGCAGGGUGGAAGGACGACGGCGUGCUAAUGAAAACAGCAACAUACAGGUUCUUUCAGAACGAUCUAAUCCUGAAGUAGACAAUUUUACCAAGCCACCUCCAUUUUUCCCUCCAGGAGCUCCACCUACCCACCUUCCACCACCUCCUUUCCUCCCACCCCCUCCAACUGUCAGUACUGCUCCACCUCUGAUUCCCCCACCAGGUAUACCAAUAACAGUGCCACCACCAGGCUUUCCACCACCACCUGGCGGUCCUCCACCUUCCCUCAUACCCACAAUAGAAAGUGGACAUUCUUCUGGCUAUGAUGGUCGUUCUGUUCGUGCAUUUUCAUAUGGCAGUGAUAAUGAAGUGGAACUCAAAACAAACGAUUUAUUGAAGGCUAUGUUAUCAUUGGCUAGCAAAGCAGAUAAGCAGAAAGUGGGAAGUCCUCUGUACUGUCCUGCUCCUUCGUGGUCUAGUCUUAUGGACACCAGCAAACAGUGGGAUUACUAUGCACGAAGAGAGAAGGAUAGGGAACGUGAGAGAGAGCGAUCCCGAGAUCGGGAUCGGGACCGGGACCGAGACAGAGAUCGAGAACGUACCAGAGACAGGGAGAGGGACCGAGAUCACAGUCCAACUCCAAGUGUAUUCAACAGUGAUGAAGAACGAUACAGAUACAGAGACUACGCCGAAAGAGGCUAUGACCGCCAUAGAACAAGUAGAGAGAAAGAAGACCGACACAGAGACAGGAGACACAGAGAGAAAGAAGAGACUAGACACAAGUCAUCUCGAAGUAACAGUAGACGUCGUCACGACAGUGAAGAAGGGGACAGCCACAGAAGGCACAAACACAAAAAAUCCAAAAGAAGCAAAGAAGGAAAAGAAGCCAGCGGUGAACCUGCUCCUGAACAGGAAAACACUGAAGCUGCCCCUGUGGAAUAGGCUUGUGUGAUUUUUGCCUACUUGCAUAUAUAUUAGUGCCAGAAAUAGAUUACUAUAAAUCCUGUUAUUUUUCUGGGUAUUAAAAUAAUUUGCUCUUAAUCUUGUUCUGUUAGUUUGAAAUCAAAGAUUACUUUGGGUUUUUUUUGAAAAUAAGAGAAUAAAUUUUUCAUGUUAAGAUUCCUGGACUGACUUUGUCUUUUAAGAAACAAUGAGAAAACAUCUUGCAGCUAGAGGCUUAUGCUCUUACAAUAUAUAGGGCUUAAAUUCUUUGUAUUAAAUUGUCUCCUUUUUUCAUAAGCCAGUGGGAAGGUCAUUCUUUUACUGACUUUAGAAACUGUGUACAUUCACUUUAUUAUAUAUCAACAUCUGGAACAGUGUGGGAUUAGUAUAGCUUUUGGAGUUCAUAUUUGAAAAGGUCAUCCCUUACUACGGGGACAGGCAGGAAUUGCAAACUCUUCAAGAACCUUG